CAAAGGCAGCGGUGCUGGGGGUGGAGCACUGGAGGCUGCAAGGACCUGGGAGCCCUAGGGCGGGGCUGCGGACAGCGUGGGGUGGCGUGGCUCGGCACAGUGAGCUGGCUCUGCAGCAGGUGAGCAGCUGAGCCAGGCCAAUGGCGGUGACUGCGGCCCUCUCUGCUGCUGCUGCGGCGGCGGCCCUGUCUGGCCUGGCACUGCGACUGUCCCGUUGGGCUGUGACGCGCAGCUCCUACGGUGCCUUCUGCAAAGGGGCUCACCGCACGCUGCUCACCUUCUUCGACCUGGCCUGGCGCCCUGCGCGUGAACUUCCCCUAUCUGCAUGGUGGCCUGUGAUGCUCAACGUCCGCCUGCAGGUGCGGAUCGAGUGAGCAAACGCUCCCCGCCG